CGCCACAAGCCUGACUUUUCGUCCGAGUUGAAAGCUGACGAUGAUAUGCCUUGCAUAUAAGAGUCGCUGUGCAUCUGCCGCAACUGAGAUGUCGAUAUCAACGCACCUAUUAGCUGAAGGUUCAACAUGCAGGGCUUCAAAGACUUCGACCCUGCAAAGGACAUUCGAGACCUUGCCGGGAAAGUGAUUUUGGUUACUGGAGGCACCGCGGGAUUGGGAGAAGAGAGUGUGCGAGCGCUUUCGGCGCACAAUCCAUUACACAUCUACUUCACAGGCCGUAAUGUCGCUGCAGCAAAUACACUGAUCGCCGAAAUCAAAUCCAAGGACCCAAAUGCAUCAUUGAGCUUCAUCAAGAUGGAUCUUUCGUCCCUUCGCGCAGUCAAAGAGGCCAUCGCUCGGGAGUUCAAACAUGACCGCCUCGACAUACUGAUGAACAACGCCGGUAUUAUUGCCAAGCCAGCAGUCUUGAGUACUGAUGGCUAUGAGAUCCAAUUCGCGACGAACCAUCUCGGCCAUGCGAUGCUCACCAGAGAGCUAAUGCCCAUCCUGCUCAAAACAGCCAAAGAGCCCGAUGCUGACGUUCGUAUCAUCAGCAACACUUCCGCUGGUUACGAAUUCCAUCGCGCCAUCAAAGGUGGUAUUUCCUUUGAUGAGCUUGACGCUGGAAGCACCAUGUCUCGAAUGAUGCUAGGCGCAUGGAUCCGCUAUGGACAGUCCAAACUCGCAAAUAUCCUCUUCGCAGCGGAGCUCGCACGUCGUCAUCCCGAGCUGACGUCUGUGGCGAUCCAUCCUGGACUUGUCAAGACGUCCAUGAAUACCGAGAUGGCCGGCUGGAGUAAGACGUUCGUCAACGUAACGUCGCGCAUAUCGGGCGAGAAGUGGCUUGAGCCGCAUGAAGGCGUUUUGAAUCAGCUUUGGUGUGCGGCCGGAGCGCAGAAAGGAGCAUUGCGGAAUGGAGGAUAUUACACGCCGGGGGGCGUAGACUCAACGGAGAAAUUGACGGCGGAGGCUAGAGACGAAGCUCUAUCGGGAAGGUUGUGGCAGUGGACGGAACACAGGCUCCUAAAAUUUUAAAACUGCGGUUCAGUGCAUCUUUAGCACUAUGGGGAUAUGGGGCAUGGUUUCCUUCCCAGGAUCUGAUCAGUGCGGCCUUCCCGUCUCCAUCGACGGUAAUGACUAUCUCGUCAAACUUUGUAGCCCACGAUCUAUGCUCCAUGACGUCCAGUUCCAACGUGGUGACCGGUAAGUCUGAAAUUUUGAAGAAGGCGAUUCGAUAGGUUAGUAGCCUUAGAGCUAGGCCCUCUUUGUUCAUGGCAUCCUCUGGGCU